UCCACUAGUCUCUUAUAUUGUGCCUCCAAAAACUCAAUUAAUCAGUCAUAUUUCAUCAUGUUUAGCACAGCUCUAGGUGUGGUAGGGCAGGUGACCAGUACAGUCACCACAAGUGCUCAGCACCUCAUUGAUGGGGAGCCAAUUGAUCAGCACCUCAUUGAUGGAAAGCCAAUUAACCUCUUUACCAUGUCCGAUUCCAAUGUCUUGGAGCAUAUAUCAGCAACCCAUACCCAUUCCCAUCCAGACAACUCCUUAGACGUUGAUUCUCUCUUUUACACCGUCCAAAACAUCAUCAAGCGUUCAGCACAGAUUGUCGAUAGCACUGUGCAGGGGACCCAAGUUCAUGUGGAAACCAUAGAGGAGAAGCCACCAAAAUCCAACUUCAGUUCACCAUUAUGCACUCUCAGGACCAUUGGCUGCGAGCCUCCUGGAGAAGAAAUUGCCCUGAAAUCAACUCUCUCAAUACUCAACAAUCUCUCAGACUACUCAUGGGAUGCAAAGGCAGUGCUGACUCUGGCGGCUUUCGCUUUGGAAUACGGAGAAUUCUGGCACCUUGUCCAGCUUCAACAAUCUGACCAACUCGCCAAAUCAUUAGCCAUCCUUAAGAGAGUUCCAAUCAUUACUCUCAAUCCUGCCAACCUCCAAAAACGCAGGCAUGCCAUUGUUGAGCUAAAUGGUCUAAUCAAAACCACUCUUCAAGUGGUCGAGAACAUCUUCGAGCUCCAGGAUCUCUCUACUCGUUAUUUUAAAGAUGUAGCAGGAUUGGCGACAGCAUUGCAAGAAAUCCCUGUGGAUGUCUUUUGGGUAAUCAUUUCCAUUGUAGCUUGUGCUACUAAGAUUACCAUCCUCACCAGUGAUGAGGACAAGCAUCAUGAUCUCACACCCUAUGCUGAAAAGAUUCACCAUAUCUUCAGUAAACUGAAGAUUCAGCUAGUAAAAUGCAAGAAACAAAUUGAGGAGCUUCAUAACUUUACGAGACUAUGUAUACUUUUUAGGAGCUGCACCGCAAUCUUGCCCAUUCUCAAAGCCCUGGUCUUUCCCAAGGAUGAUUUGCAGCCUAUAAUUGAUGGUUCCACUAAGACAACGGUUGCCAUCGAUAUCUUGAGGAGGAAAAAUGUGUUACUCUUCAUUUCUAGGCUAGACAUCUCCGAAGAAGAUAUCAACAUUCUGAAACCAAUUCAUGAAGGAAUCAAGAACAACAAUCUUUACAAUAUUGUUUGGAUUCCAAUAGUAGAGCAGUGGACCGAGGAACUUAAAAAGAAGUUCGAGAUCUUAAGGAGUAAGAUGCCAUGGUAUGUUGUGCAAUACUUUUCUCCCAUAGCAGGUUUGAGAUUCAUCAAGCAAGAAUGGAACUUCAAGGGUAAGCCAAUCGUCGUGGUGCUCAACGUGCAUGGAAGGCCCAUAAAUCUUAAUGCUUUGGACGCAAUUCGCAUAUAUGGAAUGAAAGCCUUUCCUUUCGAUACGAUCACGAUCGAUGGUAUUACAGUUCAUCCUAAUUGGAUCGAACCUAUAGUCAACAACAUUGAUCCAACUAUUCCAAUUUGGAUCAAAGAGGAAAAGUACAUUUUCUUUUAUGGAGGGAAGGACAAUGAUUGGAUCCAACAGUUCAGAAAGAGUGCUCAAACCGUGGUUGACCCUGUCCUUAAAGACGCAAAGAUCAACAUAGAGUUAUUUGGUGUUGGAAAAGGCAGCAAAGGAGGUGAAGAUUUGGGUAUUAUAGAGAGAUUCUGGAAAGGGAUUGACAGCUUGUUCUUCACCCAGAUUCAUCAUCAGCAUGUGGACUCUGUGUCAAAGGAAGUCCAAAAGCUGCUUUCCUAUAAGAACGAGAGCGGUUGGGCUCUGCUUAGCAAAGGGUCCAAAGUGGUGGUCACUGGCCAUGGAUUCACAAUCUUGAGGGUGGUGGAUGAGUUCGAGAAAUGGAAGGGCCAGAUCAAAGAGAAGGCCUUUGAGACUGCUUUCAAGGAGUACCAUAACAAUGUUCUUUCUAUUAUUCGCCAUUGUAGCCGCCUCGACAUCCCAAAUGAUGCCGGAAAGGUGCCGGAGACCAUGCCAUGCCCUGAGUGUCAUCGUGUUAUGAAGACUUAUACCAGCUAUAAGUGUUGCCACGUUGAUGAUCCUCUCGAGGCACACCAUUGAAAUGGAUGUUUAAUUUGGAGAAACGGCUAUCUCUCUCUUCUAGUUGAAGGUUUAAGAAAGGCAUUUGGAUAUUGCCACUUGUAAGAUAUGCGUUAUGUGAAUGUGAUGUGCACUAGUUGGUAGCAUUACAAUAAAUUGGUAAUCUUUAUUGUGUUGAUAAUAAGAUUGCCACUAAAUAAUGUGAAGAAUGGAGUGUGGAAUGUGGAGUAUGUCUCUCUGUAGUAUGGAAAUGCUAUCUUAGUGUUUUCUACAAAUUAAA